UAUUGUCGAUCGUAUAUGAAAAAGUAAAGUUUUGCAAAUUCUCUGAGCAUGCCAGGACUUGCCAAUAAGCACAGCGGAAGGCUCAUGAGCUUGUGCUCCUAAUUAUUCCUCGUGGAACAGUUUGCCCUCUCUUGGAAACAGGCUGAGUUCAGUGGGCCGUUUUAUUGUGUGACUUGGGAGACUUCUCGCCACUAUUUCUGAAUGCAAAUCAAAGCAUAGUAGAUACACCGAGCCACUUACCGUCCAAAAUGAGCUUCACCAACUACUGGGUGGUGGACUACGACCUGUCCUCCCCGGCCCCGCCCAGCUUUGCCAGGGGUCCCGUGGUGCCGCAGCCGGCGGCGGGACACCCUGAGCAGGCCGCGGCCUUGUGUUUCGUGGGCCUCCUGGUGCUCCUGCUGCUCUUCUUGCUGAUUCGCUGCGUGCGGAUCCUGCUGGACCCCUACAGCAGCAUGCCAGCGUCAUCGUGGACGGACCACAAGGAGGGUCUGGACAGAGGACAGUUUGAUUAUGCGCUGGUGUGAAGACUAGUUUGUGCAGAUUAGACGAGGCAUGGGCCGAUUACCAGUUUGACAGUUUACAGCAGUUUUAAAAAGUAAAUGGGAAAAAAAGCCAUGUUUUAACAAGUGAAUUUUAAAUUUUAUUUUUGUUACACUAUGUCUUUUAUUCUGGGAAAAGAACACCUUUAUUUUCUUCCAAAAAAGGACCACAGUAAACUAUAGUUUAAUUUUAUGUGCAAUACAUUUAACUUUAAUCAUUAUUUAGGUCAAGUUAUUUUCCUUUAAAUCCAAGCACAGCUGAGCAUGUUACAGUGGUUUACAGUAAUAUGAUAUAUACUUUUUAGGGAUAAACGUUGAAAGAUGAUUUAUAUUAACAUGAAAAUGAAGUUUGUAUUUGAAGUUUGUGCCGGAACUCAAUGUAUAAUAAAUAACCUGUAGCUGUGGUUUCAACGUGAACUAAUCAGGUGGGUGCUCAGGUAGAAUUCUUUUGACCAAAGACU